UUCUUUGUAAAGCUUCACAGAGUACCCAAAAUGAGAUAGCCGAAUUUUUGCCACUACUUCAGGUAUACCUAAUGAUUGUACAUAUAAUUUAUUUAUAUUUCUUUCAAUUUGUCUCUGUAGUGUUAUUGGAGGAUGAAAUUUUUUAGAGAUGUAAUCCUAAAACUCUUUCUCCCAGAUUUGGGCGUGGGAGAGAGUCACUGUUCUCCGUCCUCAAAUAGUAGCCCACAGAGAUGCGAGAACUAUUUGUCAUGUUGGUUUGCCUAGGGGUCCGCAUGCUACUAGAUGGUUUGCACAUCUUAGUUGGACGAAUACUACCAAGCAUGUGUUGAAAGUUUAUAGGGAUGCACUUGACUCUAUGAUAGAAGAUCAGUUUAUUUGGGAACCGUAUUCCGAUGACUUAAUUGAGAGUCUUCCUCUCUAUUGUCAUGCUGGACGAGACAUAUGGCGAGUUAGAGUUCCAAUAUUUUGUUGGGAUGUGGUCGAGGUUCAUUUGCCAGAUCGUGUUAUGAGGCAAUUUGGACUACAACAAGCUAUACCAACUCCGUUUCCAUUUGAUUCCAACCACUUUCGCCAUGAUCAUCGAGGAAGACCAAAUACAAAUUGGGAGUUGGAACAUGCACAUUGGUUAUCAUUUUGGAACCAACGUCUCCAAUAUAGUUGUGAUGCACCGGUUAAUAAUGAACCACUUUGCUAUGAUGAUCCAUAUCUUAUUUGGUUCAGGCGCAUUACUCGUCUUGUUAUUGGUAAUCCUAAUUCACGUCCUCAAAAUCAACAAGGUUAUGUGCCUAAUUCGACGGCAUAUGAAACUAUGGUAUGCCAUUUAUUGAUUAGUGUUGUUUACUGUUGUUGCUGCCAAGUGAUUUAUGUGUCUUUAUUGAUUUUAGUGUGUCAUUUAUUUUGUUUAAUGUAGUUGCUGGAAAGUUUUUCAUUGUUCUUGGUACUGCUAAGUGUUUAGAAAAAUGCUAAAGGUAAUAUAUAUAGGAAAAUUAAAAGAGUGAGAGUAGUGAAGUGGGGAUACUGAUGAGGAGAUGUAGAUGUUAUUUUCAUUUUUAUGAAUGAUUGGAAUUCAGCCAGUUGCAUUCUUUAGUUGGCAGUGAAUUCAUUGCUUAAGUGAUAGUCCGAUCUAAAUCAUCAGAUUAAUGGUGCGUCAUUAAAUAACUUUCACUUUAAUUUAUUUAGGUGCGUCAUAUUCAUUCGAUGGUUGAUGAAGCUAAAACACUUGGUGAUAAUCCAUCAUAUGAGGCCUUAUACAUGUUUAGAAAAAUGGUGCGAGAUCAAGGUUCUGAUUGUUUGAAAUAUGUCCAUGAGGCUGACAGGGUUCAUGUGUCAGCCGAUUAUAGAAGAGAUGUGGUACAACCUGUCCAGUUACAUCACCCAGUUCGUAGGCGAGGAAAAGGUGGUGUUGCAGGUAGGAGAGAACGUGCUGUUGAAAGAGCACAAACACAUGUUGAAAUAGAUCAGGCCACACAAAAUGUCCAAGAAGUCUUAGAAGAUGAUCAAGCAACAUCCAAUUAUAAUAUUGGUUCUAUUUCAGGAGGUUGCACUCAUGAAUUCACUCAGGCAUCAAAUAUGACAUAUCAACUGUCAGAAACAGAUAUCAUGCCAUACAUGACGCCACAGACUCUACAAAUAUCAAGUCAUCCAAGUCUUUCAUCACUUGAGAAUGUCAUUGAUAAUUUUGAGAAUGUCCCAAAUUUUAACUCAUCGCCUGUGCCUCUGAUCAUUGAAACCCCUGAUGCCACUAAUAAUUUAGAGGACCCGAAUCAUGAUGUGGACGAUAAUGAUCCAAAGGAUGCAAAUGAAGGCGGUGAUACGACUAUUCAAAAUAGUGAACCAUCAAGGAGGGAGAAGCGUAAAAUUAAACUUAAGCCUUGUGGGACUGGCGGUCACUAUGCUAUCCAACAUGUCCAAAAAAAGAGAGCCAAGAAUAAGUAAUGAAAAUUGAUGUUGCUGAAACCUUUUGGUGCUGCUGAAAAUUGGUGUUGUUGAAACCUUUUGGUGCUGCUGAAAAUUGCAGCCAGUACUGUUGAAAAUUGGAGCUGCUGAAACCUU